CGUUUACCGAACAGGGCCACAAAAAAGGUGGUGGCAGAGGAGUUUGGAUAGUCAUGGCUGGGAAGAGCUCCCGUCACAUCCGCCGCUCCUUCACCGCCGCCGCCGCCUCAGCCCUUAACCCUAGCCUCUGCAAGCGCCGCGCCCGGUCCUCCACCUUCGCCUGUCCCGCCAUUGCCCUCUCUCAGCUACGACCUCCUGGUGGAGCAGGCCGAGAAGGUGGAGCGCGCUGAAGCUGAUGGGAGCAAAGAAGACAUGAAGAAAGACAAGAAGAAAGGGAAGGAGAAGAAGGAAGAGAAAGAGGCUGGGUUGGGUCGGCAGAAGCAGACGUUUGAUACCAAUACUGGUAAGGAGCAGGCCGAAAAGUCGGGCUUGACGGCGGUAAAUUCCUGUUCGGAGCGUGGCGACCGGGCAGAUGCAGAAAAAGUUAAGAAAUACAGGAAGAAAAAGGAGAAAAAGAAAGACAAAGCAGCUGAGACGACCGGGCAGAUGCAGGCAUUUGAUACGACUGUUGAAAAUUUAGGGUCGGAGGUGUAUGCAGAGAGAAUCAAGGUUAAAGGAAGACAGUCUAGUAGCAAGUCCAAGAAGAGAAAGCGCAAGCGUCAGGAUGGCGAGCUUGCUGCAAACAUUUCUGGUGCCGAUCAAAUUGUGGCAAUGGCAAGAGAAGAUAAUAAGCGAAAGAAGGAGAAUUCUGUUGUGCUGAAAGAGAGCAGCCAGAUCGACAAUACUAAAAAAGGUACCAGUAAGAUAGGAAAUGGAAGUGAUAAAGUGAGUUCAGACCUUAGCCAGUAUGCGUUUGCUGGAGAGGAAGCUAACGCAGAUGGUAAGGGUGAUAAGAAGAAAAAGAAGAGAAAGGAAGGGAUUGAAGGAGGGAAAAGGGAGAAAGAAAAGGCAGCUCGAUCAAAGAACAAGGGUAGGCGGGUGACGUUUGCAGAUUCAGUGGUGGUUUUUAGCAUCGAAGGUCGUGAUGAUGAAGAGGGUGGAAGCAGUGGUGGGUCUGAACUUGUACAUGGACAGCGGUUUACCCUAGAAGAAGAAGCCACCCUCAUGGAAGCGAUGAGGGAUUAUGCAGAGAUGAAGCAGCUGGGAGAGGAAGGCUUAGAGAUGAUUCGUCGCUGUAGAAAAUACCCAGAGCUGAUGGGUUGUUGGAGUGAUAUAGGGAAAUCGUUACCCCAUAGACCCUACGAGGCAAUUUACAAGCGGGCACGUAUAUUACUCACUAGAAGUGAUGAGCGUAAAUGGACACAGGAAGAAUAUCACAAGAUACGACAGUUUGUUGAAAAAAAUGGCACGGACUGGAAGACAUUGUCAGAGGAACUUGGUAAGAGUGAGAUCCAUGUUAAAGAUACUUGGAGAAGAAUAAAGCCUAAGAACUUGAAAAAGGGGAGAUGGACCCAGGAUGAGCACCAAAACUUGUUUGAUUUGGUGAAUCUUGACCUGCGUCUGAAAGCCCAUCAGGAGAAAAAUCCUGGGCACCGUAAGCUAAGAGAUAACAUUUCCUGGGAGGCCAUCAGUGACAAAUUGACCAGCCGUAAUCACAAGAAUUGCUGCCUGAAGUGGUAUGUCACAUUAGCAUCUCCACUGGUUAAGCAAGGAGUAUGGGCGGAUAUUGAUGAUUAUCGACUGGUGGAAGCGCUUCAAAAGGUUGAUGCUGUUUGCAUUGAAGAUGUUGAUUGGGAGAGCCUUCUCGGUCACAGAUCAGGGGAGGUUUGUCGUCAAAGAUGGAACCAGAUGGUCCGUGGCAUUGGUAGCCACAGACAGAAGGCUUUCAUCGAACAAGUGGAAGUGCUGUCGAAGCGUUACUGCCCAGAAAUGAUUGACUACAGGGAAUCAGAAAAUUAGGAGUUGUCACCCAGCAAGCUUUUGUAUGUCUUAAUAGAGGAACGGCAUGUUCGUUGUUGCAUUUCGCCUGUCGUCAUGUGUUGUAGCCUGUAAUAUGUCUGGCUUGUGGGAUUUGUGAGAUGCUGAAAUGUCCACAGUACUUGGUUUCUGCCAAAAAAUGGAAACUUCUUGCUGUUUUAUCUCCUCGCUCCAUCUCAACCACAUUCACACCUAGUGCUCUAACUCCCAGAUCCCUCGCUCUCCUCUGGUUACAACAGCAGUGGUGAUGGCAACUGUGACUUAACCCCUGCGAACAAUAUGUUCCAUGCCUGACAGUGAUGUCGAAGACACAACUGCACCUACCAAGCUUGCCACGCAUCAGUCUGUAUCAUGAGAGUUCCAAUCUUCCAUCUACCUGUUGUACAAUGGUGUUGCCUGCAACAGCAACAGAUGCAUCUCGCAAGUAAACUACUCAUCUUGCUGUUUUAUCUCCUCAUUCCAUCUCAACCACGUAGUCAUGUGUUGUAGCCUGUAAUAUGUCUGGCUUGUGGGAUUUGUGAGAUGCUGAAAUGUCCACAGUACUUAGUUUUUGCCAAAUAAAAAGGGAACUUCAUCUUGCUGUUUUAUCUCCUCACUCCAUCUCAACCACAUUCACACCUAGUACUCUAGCUCCUAGAUCAUUCGCUCUCCUCUGGUUACGACAGCAGUGGCGAUGGCAACAGUGACUCAACCCCUGCGAACAAUCUGUUACAUUCCUGGCCGCGAUGUCGAAGACACGACUGUACCUACCAAGCUUGCCACGCAUCAGUCUGUACCAUGAGAGUUCCAAUCUUCCAUCUACCUGUUCUACAAUGGUGUUGCCUGCAACAGAUGCAUCUCACAAGUAAUUUUAUGAGGGCCUUACUCUUGUUAGCUAAACUACUCGACUGUGAACAGUGGAAAUUUGCCAUAGCUUUUAAAUUAGUAUAUCUAAUUGCAAGUUGCAAUCAUCUUUUUAGAGUAAACAUAUAUACUUGCAAUGAUGCAGUCUACUGCUGUGUGUGGGAAAUUUUGUACUAUCAUGUUCUUUGGUUCUAGAGGAAUAUGACCGCUCUCCACAA